UUGACUCCAGGAUUUUCUCUUCAGCUUUUAACUUUCAGAUAUCAAAGAGUACAUUUCAAAAAUCAAACAGCUAAUUUAUGGCGGAGAGCGGAUCAUGCGUUUUCCCCAAGUCACUCGGGGAGGAUUAAGGAAAUAUACUUUUAAACACACACAAAUUGAGGUCACACCCCAGCCAAGCCCGCUCCUCUGACAAGUAAAGAACAGUCCCUAAAUAGGCCUGCCUCUAAAGGAAUUUGUUAUCAGCACUCUUCUUAUCAAACGUUGAGUUUGCGGGUGGAUAUCAGAUGAUGGGAACAAUCUGAACAUGACCAGCUGAAGAGGGUUUUUUAUGAUUUACGCCAGUACAUGAAGGCAACACUGCCCCUAGCAACCACCGCAGGGAUUCAGUGUACCUUAGCAACCAUGGACGGUCAGCCUUCAUUGACGGAGGAAAAGGGAAAAGAGGUCACACAAGAAGAAAAAGAAAUCCUCUACAAGCAAGUAGAAGAACUAAAACGCUCCAAUGCAGCUCUCUUGGCAGAGAUCGAUAUGUUUGAACGGUUCAUCGGCCGCCUGGAUCCUCAGGACCUGGUGGCUCGGGGAGACAGUCCAGGUGAAGCAAGAGCCUCCCAGGAGGGUGGGGGUUGUGGGCGGAGGCGGAGGUCCCGCUCCAACACAUCAGAUCGUCUCCAGGAGCUGACCUUGGGACAAAAACUUUAUGUCGCACGGAGUGAAGAAGCAGAGACGCGACAUGACCUGGAAAAACUCAAACAGAGACAUGAGAGGAUUCAGGACAACUACAAGGCCACCCUGGAAGGAGCAGAAAUGCGUCUUGCAGACAUCUGGAAGGCUAACAAGGAAUUUGAACGCAGAGUGCUUAAACCUAUGAAGGACAACAGGUUGGAAAUGAGGGAGCCCGAGAAGGUGCUCCAGUACAUCAAAGACAAGUCAAUGGUCACCCAAGUGGAGAAGUUCAGCCUGAACAACCGCGCAUUGAAGGCUCACAUGAAGAAGCUCCAGCAGCAGAUUCAACAGAAAAAAGAGACGGGGAAAGCUGUGUACGAGGAUGUUUUCCAAGAGCACACCGAGCAGAAUAUUGAACAAAACCUGGACGAACUUCAAGUUCACAAUUUGAAAGUACAACAUGUCCUCAGUUCACACAAGGAGAAGCUGCAGAGUAUAACACGGGAGUCCACAGAGCUGAGCAAUGACAUCACCAGCAGGAAGCAGAUGCUGGCAAAAAUUGAGGAGGAGAUGCAGCAUGCUGAGGAGGAGCGUUUAAAGGCAGAGGCCCUCAACCAACAGCUGCGCCGCCAGAUGACCAACUAUCAGGCUCCUGAUAUCCCUGAGUACAUGCAAGUCAAGGAGAAACACAAGCAGCUACAGCAGAGCAUUCACACUUGGGAGAGGAAGGUUGGGAUUGCUGAGAUGGCCUUGAGGACCCACACUAAAGCCCGGAGCACACAGAGAGCCACUCUUACUCCUGCACAUACAGCCGAGGCUGGAGCUCGAUCUGGGGAGCACCAGAUCCCAGUAAAGCUUCCAUACAUAGCAGAACACAGCACAUAGAGAAAUAGAGAAACAGAAAGCCUGCUGGAUUCAUUGAAAUAAAAACACCAAUGUGUGGUGGAGAGGAAACUUUGUUGCUGUUGCAAAUGCCCUGUUUCACAACAGGCAUCCAACACGCAAUGAUUUGUCAUGAUUAGUCAGUGUUCUUGUAAUGCGUGUUGGGAAAUGUUCUCUUGAAGCUUUAACCCUUAUCAUGUCUUAGUUUUUUCACUCACUCUGUGUGUCCUUGGGAGAUGUUACCAUGCAGCAUUAUGGAGAAUGAACUGUACAGAAGAAACUCUGCUCCAUCAAGCCCUGUUCCCUUAAAGUUACAGUUGGUAACUUUUUCAUAUGCCGAAACUGUCAUAUUCACACAAUAUUAUAUGAGACAGAUAGUCUGUGAAAGAAACCAUGUUCCUCCACCUAUUGCCUCUAAUGGCUUUUACCAGAAUGUACCGCAUGCUCACAGAAAACAACCACACAGAGACGAGGAGUUUCUAACGCAGCUGUCAAUCACGUCAAUCACUGCUGGUGAACUGGGUUCAAAUGUCAAACUAGGCAGCGCUGAUGAAAUAUGAGUCAAGAUUCUGUUGCUGCACUGGCCUCAAAUGUUUUCAGAAACAUUUCAGUGUACUGUUUAGCUGUAAAGUGAGAAAGCUUGUGAUGCAGCCACCAUGCUGGAGACAGUUGACCAGAGCAACAAGCACCGCCCUCGAGCUGGAGCGACUUUCUCAUUUUACAGCUAAACAGUACACUAAAAUAUGUUUCUGAAAACAUUUUAAUAGAGAAACAGGCAAUGCAGCAACAGAAUCUUGAUUCAUAUUUGAUCAGUGCUGCCUAGUUUGACAUUUGACUGCAGGUCAUGAGCUGUGAUUGACGUGAUUGAAAGCUGUGUUGGAGACUCCUCAGCUCUGAUUGGUUGUUUUCAUUUAAAUGCAGUAAGGCCAUUGGAAACAAACCAAGAGGGCAGGGGAACAUGACGUUUGUCACAGAUCAUCUGUCUCAUAUACUUCUGUAUAAAUAUAAUUACAGUUUUAACAAAUGUAAUAGCUAUUUUUAUAUGUCACCAAGUACAGCUUGAUGCAUUAUAAAAACUUAUAUUGAAUAACAGAAACAUCUCUAUUCCCUAUACCAUUACUGCGCCACAUUAUGUGUUAUUACAUAAUUUAUCCUCUCUCCAUGCUGGCUACUUUAACAGCUCCUAGACUUAACAGGAAAUCUUGAGGCUUUCACUUGUGUUGUCUGUGCUCUGGGGUCCUCAAAGUGUCACUAAGUGGAAACAUUCACCUGUCUUACACCUUAAAAUUAGUAGCCUCAAUACCAUCAUUAUAUUUAUUGUCAUAUUUUCAACUGUGAUUAUUGGGAUUCUGCUUGUGUGUACACAUGCGUUUACUCAUAAUGUAAAGCACGCAGAGUAAUACAACCUUAGUACAAUUUUGAGGUACUUUGACUAUAUAUAAAUAGCUUCUUUAUGCUUCAACUCCACCAGUGUCCAGAGGCAAAUAUUUCAUAUUUCACUCCAUUUAUCUGACAACUGUAGUUACUUUGCCGCAUCAGAUUUUACAUACAAAACCUAAAAUCAUCUUAUAACAGUGGUUUCUAACUGGUCCAGCCAUGGGGCCCAGAUUUCUCCUUAGUCAAGGUCCACACAGUUGAAUAUAUUCAGCAUCAUACUUGUGUUUGGCCGUGUCAUCGAGCUAGUUUGCUGUCAAGAAGCAGUCCAUUAGUGACUCACUCUACAGCAGGGUGCAGCACGUCAAAAUAAAAGCUUUGUGCUGAAUAGUCACUGUACUUAAAAGAAAAGGGUGUUUUUUACAAACUUGACACGUUCGUGAGUCACUUGCGGCCGAUUCAGAAUGGACAUGCGACCCACCAGUCGGGAACCACUGUCUUAUAAGAUAUUAUUGAUAGCAGUAGAUUCAUUUACUCAACAAUAUAUAACGCUGUGGAAUAGACUUUCACUUUAAGAACGUUUUGUUGUUAA